CUGCGACCUCAGACGACAUGGCUUACAAGAUCCUCGUUGUGUGCGUGGUGGCCGCCGUUGCCCUGGCCCGCCCUGAAGGCCCCGCGCAGCAGUACGGCCUGCCAGGACCAGUGCAUCCCGUGCCCCUGGACACCGCUCCGAGCUACAACUUCGACUACGCUGUGAAAGACUACCUGGGUAACGACUUCGGCCACCAGGAGUCCCGCGACGGCUACGAUACUCAGGGCUCCUACUACGUGCAGCUCCCCGACUCUCGCUUACAGGAAGUCAAGUAUACCGUCAGCGGCGACUCUGGUUUCCUGGCGGAUGUGACCUACCAGGGAGAGGCGCAGUACCCCGCCUACAAACCCGCCCACAAGCCUAUCCAUGAGCCCGCCACUUCGUACCAGCCUGUCUCCGGGUACGCCUAAGCACGAUGCACAUCCGCUUGCAGGCUUCCUGAGUGACAGUAUUUAAUGAAGCAAUAAAAGAGUAGGGUGAAU